GGGCGGGCCGGCUGGGGAGUGCGGGUCUGUACUGCGCGCGCUGCCAGCCGAGGCUCCUGCCGCCGUGACCCGCGCUCCGCCUGCCGCCGGGCUGGGACUCCCGAUAGCUAAUGUCAGAAGAAAGUGACUCUCAGAGAACCAGCCCCUCUGUGGCCUCACUCUCCGAAAAUGAGCUGCCACUGCCUCCGCCCGAGCCUCCCGGCUAUGUGUGCUCGCUGACCGAAGACUUGGUCACCAAAGCCAGGGAAGAGCUGCAGGAGAAGCCUGAAUGGAGACUCCGGGAUGUGCAGGCCCUUCGAGACAUGGUGCGGAAGGAGUACCCAUACCUGAGCACCUCACUGGAUGAUGCCUUCCUGUUGCGCUUCCUGCGGGCCCGAAAGUUUGAUUAUGACCGGGCCCUGCAGCUGCUGGUCAACUACCACGGCUGCAGGCGGAGCUGGCCAGAGGUCUUCAGCAACCUGAGGCCCUCCGCCCUGAAAGAUGUUCUUGACUCCGGAUUCCUCACAGUGCUGCCCCACACGGACCCCAGGGGCUGCCAUGUCCUCUGCAUCCGACCAGACAGAUGGAUACCGAGCAACUAUCCAAUCACUGAGAACAUCCGAGCCAUAUACUUGACAUUAGAAAAACUCAUUCAGUCCGAAGAGACCCAAGUGAACGGAAUUGUAAUUCUCGCAGACUACAAAGGCGUGAGCUUAUCGAAAGCAUCUCAUUUUGGCCCUUUUAUAGCCAAAAAGGUGAUUGGCAUUCUUCAGGAUGGCUUCCCCAUUCGGAUAAAAGCAGUCCACAUAGUGAACGAACCUCGGAUAUUUAAAGGCAUUUUUGCCAUCAUAAAACCAUUUCUGAAGGAGAAAAUAGCAAACAGGUUCUUUCUCCAUGGGUCUGACCUGAACUCUCUCCACACAAACCUUCCAAGGAAUAUCCUCCCCAAGGAGUAUGGGGGCACAGCUGGAGAGCUGGACACUGCCACCUGGAAUGCGGUGCUAUUGGCAUCAGAGGAUGAUUUUGUAAAAGAGUUCUGCCAGCCUGUGCCUGCCUGUGACAGUCUCCUGGGCCAGCCACUGCUGUCUGAAGGACUGAUCUCAGAUGUGCAGUGUGACGAUUCCAUGCGAGCCGUGAAGUCCCAGCUCUACUCCUGUUAUUAGCACUCUUCUGGGAGAGUCACCAUGUAGAAUUCCUUAUUCCUUAGAAAUGCACAAGGUUUAAGAUGCCAAGGCCUCAGUCUUGCUCCGUCAUUAUGCAGUGACGGAGCUGCCUAUAGAGAUUCAAGGGUGAGCCCAUCACAGGCAGACCUUUGGCUACCAGGAUUAUUCCAGGGAAGACGUGGAAAUUGCCCUGGUGAUUCCCGAAAGUUUGCAACUGCUAGUCUGGAUAAGCUGUCUGUAUCUGUUUUUUAUGCAUCUUGGAAGCAACCAGGGUCAGAGUCACUCUGGAGUGACCAGCAGGAGACAACUGAAUUGAUAACGACUCUGAAGCCAUUUGGUCACAACUAUGAAGCAAUUUGCCAAUCCUGAAAGGUGGCCACAUGUGAAACUGUGUGUUUCCCAAUAACCCUAGUGUUGACCUCUGUUGCUCAUCAGCAAAGUUCAAGGUUCAGGCCCCAGUUGUCAUCACUGGGCCUGGAAAGCCCUAUAAACUGAGCGGUAGAAAUACCAGGACUCAGGCAGUACUUAAAAGAUCAAAUUUGGAAGCCAGGUGCUUCAGAGCAUCCCUGGGAUUCCAGGGUUGAAUCUUGCAAUAGUAACUUUUCCCAAACCCGUAAAGCCUUAGCUCUGGUUCUCCAUGGAUUCAUACCAGUCAACAUAAAAUACUGGACUCUAGGACUAUGUGGCUAAAGGUUUGGACUAGGAAUUGGGUGUGUGACUGCACAAGACAUGGACCUCAGCUUUGUCAUCUCUAAAGGGAAGCUACAUGGAAUGGGGGCCUUGGGGAAUGCUGAAAUUCUGUUAGGUUUCCUGCUUGGAAAGAUGACCACCUAAAGCUAGGUCUUGUUUUUUGUGGUAUGUACACAGCCGUAUGUAAAGGAGUGUCAUUUGGCCUGCCUUUGGUGGUAACCAGCUAGCUGCCUUUGCAGAAUGAUGGGUAAACUUGAAAGCGAUGGCUUUCGUGAGGCUGGCCAAAUCUUGUACAAACUCCUUCCACCCUGGAGACACUAGUAGUAUAUUAGAAACAGCCACAGUAAUUGCCAGAUUUGGGCUUCUUCUAUUUGUCUCUGGAAACACACCGGGGUAGGUUAUUGCUGGCUCACCUGGGGGCCCUGCCGAGUGUUCAUCUAGAGUGGAAGGACCAGCUGGCCAGAAUGUUAGUUUUGCAUUUAGGCACUUUAGACGUGUCAAGAUUUUAGCCUUAACCCAAGCAUUGAGUGAAGUGAUUUAGCUCCUGGCUUUGGACCUGUGUCCUUUGGUAUUCACCUUGUAUUGUGAUGUUAAAUAGUGUCCAGUACUGUUGGUUGUGUACUUACUAGACUAAACAGGCAUUCCCUACAGCUUACAGAUGUGGCUUUGAGACUCAAAGGUCCGUCUAUUGUUACUAAAUUUCCCAAAACAUCUGCAGAAGUUCUUAAUGGAAACUUACUACAAUAAUGCCAAUUCUGGGGGACAUUCUUUCUGCCAUAGAUGCUAAUCCUUGAUCUUCUAGGACCUGGCUGAGCUUAAGUGCCAAAACACACCCCUCUUGACUGCCCAUAGAGACCGUUUACUACUGAGUUUCUACUAUUUGGUUUAGUUCCUGGAAGGUUUUCUACCUAAAGGGAUGGCUGCCCAAGACACCUGAAAAGACCCAUGCUGGCUCUGAACCCAGCAACCUGGGUGAGAGAAUCUGUUAGAAGCUUUCUUAGGUCCUAAGGAGGAAGAAAGCACAAGGAAAAAAAUAGACAAAGGAAAAGAUGAAUUCCUCAGCCCCACCAGGUUCCCUGGUUUAAAUCCUGUCGUGUGACUAGCUAGUUCUUUGUCUAUUUGAUUUAACAAAGGGACAGCCAGGCUCACGGGGAGAAAUCAACAGGAAGCACCCAGUUUGCCAGGCCUUUCUGGUUAGGCUUCUGAGAGCCUAGGUUUGCUGUCUCCCCAAGCUGUUCUGCUGCUUGCUGACUCUAGAGAUCAGAGUCUUGGCAUGUCUGGUUUGAAGCAGGCUGUGAGACCAGGACCUCCUGGUGCA